AUGUGCGCUGACCAGGAACUAAGUUGUUGCACCGUUUAUCCGCUAUAUUGGGUUGGAUGCUGGUGGCGCAUUGGUUCUUUAACCGCCGUUGUCCUGACUAUUACCAAGAGGUGUGCUGGGACAGUGACGUCUAGUUUUCCCUCCACCCACCCAAGCAGUCCUGGGAUUGCCGCGAUGCAGUUGUUGCUGGCCUUGGGAGAUGAUUUCUUGUGGACGGCAAACAUCAGCAAAAAAUGGACGAGCCAUUCCGGGCCCCGAGUUCCUUCGGAGCUAAACGAUGCCACGAGCGCCGGUGCCGUGAGCGGCCAGCCCGCCCUGCCCGCGGCCGCUAACCUGGAGAUUAAAUCCGUCCGGACAAGCGAGGAUGAAGUACCUGGUGAAGGAGGACAAGCGCAAACAUCGUCGCCGCAAGGCCAGACAUUGCCGGCCCGGCCGGGGCUUCCCCUGGUCCCCUCCCUGCCGCUGGCGCUCUCCGUGGUCACACCUGCAACGAAAAACCCGCUGCCCGGCUGGGUUCCCACCCACGCGGACCUAGCAGUAAAGAAACGCAACACAGCCGGGGCAUCCGGCACCACGGAUCCCAUGCGCGCCGCCGGCCUAGGUUUGGUGCUACCCACCAACGGAGAGCACACCUACCGGCCAAAUGCCCUCUCCGGAGGACCGGCCGAUUACACUGUCCGUGCGGCAGCUCUUGGCCGCGAUGUCGAUUUCAGUGCACGCUCCGUAAUCGUGGGUAACAACGGGGAAGGAGGCACCCGUGGCGGUGUGCGCUUCCAUCUACCCGACCUCCGUGUGCCAUCGAGUCACAAUGGCGUUUUGGCUGCCCGCCGGCGGCUAACCAUGCGGCAGUCACUGGCGCAAAGACUUCGACCCACGGAAUCUGCGGAUGCCACCAAUGCUGUAGGCCGGUAUCCUUCCUCAAUCAAUCCAAACAUGGACGCACUGGCCCCCGCUAGCUCCACCCAGGGGCAUCAAGCCGGGGCGAUAGGUCCCUUCCCGGGGCCUUUCAAGGAGGACGCGCAGCAGACAGGUGGGGAAACCGCCGCACCGAGAAUCUCUCAAACCCGCUCCGAAACCCAUUCAAACCAGCUGGGGAUGUCGCGAGCGUGGUUUAAGCAACAGGGGGCGGGGGGGCUGGAUCCGGAGAACCAGCGAGCCUCUUGCACAAGUGCGACUCACUCCAGUGCCGCCGGUGACGCACACCACACGCCCAACGUUGAGGUGUCAGGGAGCGGGGCCGUGGGAUCGAUGCCGGACGCACUAAGCCAGUUCAGUCAACGGCUGGUGCCAUGGCGGCGGCGCCUCCUACAAGUGAUGAACCACAUAUACUUUUACUGGCUACUCGUGUUCCUUACUUUCUUUAUCAUCUUUGAGGAUGAUUUUAAAAAGGCCUGCCUGCCGCCCACCGUAGACCUGCCGUUGGAAAUCAUCAUCACCAUAAUCGUUGUUCUAUUUUCGUUGGAAAUGGCAUUAUCGUCUUUGUUGCGCCCUGGCUAUUUCCUUGGAUUUUACUUUUGGCUGGACGCCAUCGGCACGUCCUCACUGGUCUUUGAGGUGCCGACGGUUCGAAUCAAAUUCUUCGGGGGCUCUCAAUACAUCAACCUGGCGGAUGGUGGCAGCUUUUUCAGCAAUGCAGGAAAUCAGCUUUACAUUUCUAGCAAAGCAGGCCGCGUUGCGAGGAUCUUCCGGCUAAUGCGCAUGUUGCGCCUGUACUCGAUGUACCAGCAAUACGUACGGCGCCGUCGUAUCAGGCAAGCAUUGCAGGCGGCGGGUGCUGCCGAAGUGGCGAAUAAUGAGGAGCAGCUGUCUAUCAUUGAAUUUGAAAUGCAGCAGGAGAUGGACCGGAAGACUAAAGUGGGCCAGAAGCUGGAAGAGCUGACCACUCGGCGCAUUAUCGUGGGCUUGCUCAUCAUUAUCCUGCUGCUUCCCGCCUUCGACAUCCGUUUGGGCACCUUCGGCCGCUCCAAGACCGUGGGGGAGGGGGCCCUGCGCAUUCUGCACGACAUGGCCAUUGAGCAAGGCCAGAACACCCCCUCCUUUGAUACAGCGUUGAGGGUUUUUAAGGAGCAACUGGUUUUUGGCACUGGCAGCAGAUCCACCGGCUUCCUCUUCAGCCUCAAAAUUGCAAAUGUGACGCACAUGGUGAAGUCGCAAGCGAGACGGCGGUUCGAGGAGUUGUACUACAUGUCAUUUACGACGGUCCUUUGCUCUUCGAAUCUCUCCGGUGCAGCUGGCAACGGCACCAUCACCAGCAACGACACCACCACCAGCGCCACGUCGCAGUGGACUCCGGCAGGCAAUGGAGCCGCCGGCAGAUGCGACCGCUUGGAUACGUUUGCGGUGUACGACUGGCGCUGGUAUUCCCAAGUGUCGGCCAUGCUCAACAUCGCCCGCAGCUUGUUCAUCAUCGCGCUGUUAGUGAUGGGAGCUUUCUUCCUGAACCGGGACUCCCGUAACCUGGUGCUGAUGCCCAUUGAGCGCAUGUUGCAGCGAGUGCAGGAAAUGGCGGAGAAUCCGCUCGCCAUGGCCGAAAGCCGCCUGCAGCUGCAGGCGCCUUGGCAGGAUAAACUCGCGGAAACGAACACACGAAUAGCCGGCCCGGGGAGCAGCAAUCGCGACAGCCUCAUAACCAGUUUUGGCCUGGGCCGUAACAGCAGCUCCAGGAACAGCGAUUCAUCAACGCCGCCGCUGCCGCCGCUGCUGCCGCCGCUGCUGCUUACCGGCGGAAAUACCGACGGCGGCGCCGUGGGCGUAUCACCGGCGGGCAGCGAUACCGCCACCGCCGCCGCCGCCGCCGCCGCCAUCGCAAGCGGCAGCGGCAGCGGCAACGCUAGCGCCUUCACCGCGGGCGGCUCGCCGGGCGCCACUGACCGCAAGGCCACGAUUUACCGGUCUGGCGGCGGGGAGCACGGCGCCUCGAGGCUUGCCCGCCUGUCCCUGGCGACUGCCGCCGACGGCCCCGGCAGCCUGGUGGCGGUGGCGGGAACCCUCCAUCGGCAAUCCCUCCGCUUCAACGCGAUGGAAGCCGCGCAGGCGGUUUCGCCGUUCAGGCGCCUGCGCCCGAUAAAUGGGGGGUGGGAGGCGAACCUCAGAGCUCGUUGGAGCCGCUUCCGGGACCGUCUUCAAGCUCUGGUGCAAAAGAUGUGGGACUACCUGUGGGAGGGCCCCGGCGGGCAGGACGAGGAGAACGCAGCCGCAGCCGCCACCACCACCACGGGGAAUCCCGUCCUUGGUGCAGGAGCGUACGAAACGGAGGUGUUGGAGAAUUCCAUCGCCAAGAUUGGCGCACUUUUGGCGAUUGGUUUCGGAGACGCCGGUGCUGAGGUCAUCGCGGAGAAUAUCCGAAACGACGGUGACAUCAACCCCAUGGUGCCGGGCCGCAAGACGGUGGCGGUGUUCGGGUUUUGCGACAUCCGGCGCUUCACGGACACGACGGAGGUGCUGCAGGAAGAAGUCAUGGAGUUCGUCAACUCCAUCGCCCACAUCGUACACACGAGCGUAUCAACCCACGGAGGCGCACCCAACAAGAACAUCGGCGAUGCUUUCCUGCUCGUGUGGAAAUUCCCGCGGGCCGUACAGUUGCGAGAUCUCAGCACUUUGAGCCGGCGCGAACAUAUCGCCAACGCAUCACAAGGUUCGGAAAGCAAGCGGGGCAUGGAACGCUCCGCUUUGCACACCCCGCUCGGAACCGGCAGUAUCGGCGGAGGGGGAGGUCUUGGCGGCAUUGUUGGCGGCGCAGCCAACGGAGGCGGUGGCGCCAGCGGCAGCGGCAGCGGCAGCUCCGCCGCCGUCGCCGGCGCCUCCGGCACCCAUCCUGGUUCCGCCGGGGGCCUUGUCGCCGGCAGUGGCGGCGGAGCCUCCGCCGGCGCCGCCGCCAUCACUGGCCCAGCAGCCGCAGCCAUCGCUGCCUCAGCUGCAGCCUCUGCCUCCGCUAGCCCUGGCUCAUCAAUGAUCCCGUCUGUAGCCCCCAAGCCCUCACUCAGCGCAUUGGCACUCAGCAGCGCUGGCCGCGUGUCCAUAAAGCGGAAGUUCUUCUCCCUGGGUUCGAACCGCGUGGCCCCCGUCAACACAGGCGGUGAUGGCUCUCUAAGUUCCAACAAUCAUCACAUGUCGUACGUGGCAAUGAACAGCCUGCCUCGAGUCAACACUCUCGCCCAAUUUGCAGACGACUCCUUCCCCCUGACGGGUAGCGACGGGCCGCAUGUCGGCUCUGCCAACAAGCUGACCUACAUCAAGGCCCUCAUGUCGCUGAAACACGACGUGGACCUGAGCUGGGAGACCAAGAAGGAGGUCAUCACCGCCAUCGCGGACAACGCCCUGGCUUCCUUCGUGCUCAUACAGCUGGCCCUUAGGAGGUACAGAUCCGCGCGCCUCAAGAAGUACGCGAUGCGAAAGGAUCUCAAUCGCCGCAUGCCCGGCUUCCAAAUCGCCAUGGGCUUUGGCCUGCACGUGGGCUGGGCCAUUGAGGGCGCCAUCGGCUCCGAGUACAAGAUUGACGCCAGUUACCUAAGCCCCAAUGUCAACAUGGCCUCGCGCCUAGAGGCUGCCACCAAGCAGUUCGGCGUGCCCCUGCUUUUGUCGGAGGACUUUGUGGACUGCCUGUCCAACGAAGUGCGCAGCAAGGUUCGCCAAAUCGACUGCGUAACAGUCAAGGGUAGUACACAGCCUAUGGGGCUGUACACGUACGACAUUGACCUGGAGGCGGUUCCGGAGCCGUCAAAGGAGGAGGUUGAGGAGGGUGACGACAGUCCCGUGGAGGAGCUGAUGUGGAGGUCGUACAUUUGCAAUAACGAAUGGCAGGAGAAUCCAGAUCUGGUGGACAGCUGGGGAGUGGAUCCGGAUUUCAAGGAGGACUUUGAUCGCGGGUUUCAUGCCUACCGGACCGGCAACUGGCCCGAAGCCCAGCGCUGGCUGGAGCUCACCCGCACUGCCUUGCGCGACGACCUGGGCCAGACUCGCGUGGACGGCCCCUCCGACGUGCUCCUUCGCUUCAUGGCGGAGCACAACUUCACGGCGCCGGCCAGCUGGAAGGGGUACCGCGAACUCACGGAGAAGUGA